AUGUGUGGUAAAAAGGCACACAAAGAGGUUGCUGAAGGGGAUAAGAUUAUUGUGUUGCUGCUUGUUAAGGCAGAUUCAUACCAUUUUAUUGCAUUGAAACAAACAAUGGCCUCAGCAUCAGCAACUCUUCUCAAGUCAUCCCCAGUUCUUGACAAGUCUGAGUGGGUUAAAGGCCAAACACUUCGCCAAACUGCAGUGUCUCUUGCAAGAACCAACUCUGCCGCCCCAUCACCAUCAGCACUCACCAUCAGAGCUGGUUCCUAUGCCGAGGAGCUCGUCAAGACCGCGAAAACUAUUGCUUCACCUGGGCGUGGGAUUUUGGCGAUGGAUGAGUCAAAUGCAACCUGUGGGAAGCGUUUGGCCUCAAUUGGGCUAGAGAACACUGAAGCUAACCGCCAAGCAUACCGCACCCUCCUUGUGGCAGCACCAGGCCUUGGUCAGUUCAUCUCCGGUGCCAUUCUCUUUGAAGAAACUCUCUACCAAUCCACCGUUGAUGGCAAGAAAAUUGUUGAUUUACUUAAAGAGCAAAGCAUUGUUCCUGGUAUCAAAGUCGACAAGGGUUUGGUGCCCUUGGCUGGUUCCAAUGAUGAGUCAUGGUGCCAAGGUUUGGAUGGUCUUGCCUCUCGCUCAGCCGCAUACUACCAGCAAGGUGCUCGUUUCGCCAAAUGGCGCACUGUUGUGAGCAUCCCCAAUGGUCCCUCUGCUUUGGCUGUCAAGGAAGCAGCAUGGGGUUUGGCUCGCUAUGCAGCCAUUUCUCAGGACAAUGGCUUGGUUCCAAUUGUGGAGCCAGAGAUCUUGCUUGAUGGUGAACAUGGCAUUGACAGGACUUUUGAGGUAGCGAAAAAGGUUUCUAAUCAAUCUAGUGGUGCCUACCGCUGUAAAACGGAUCAGAUCGGCCCAUUUAGACCUGGUCCACAUAAGGCUGUAUGUUAA